UCCUGUGAUCUGCAACUCUACACACACCUCAAACAGCAGUAAAGCUAAUCCUGCAGCCAUCUCGGACCCCAAAGUGGAAGCUAAACAUAUACCCAGUCCAGACAAAACUGAGGACUCUGAGAAAGUGGUGGGGAUAAGCUGCUCAGCAACUGGGAAACCAGCUCCAAAAAUAACCUGGCACCUUCCCAGCAUCCUGCAGCAGAAGCCAAGGGAAUACCAUAUCAAGUUCAGCAACCAGACCGUGACUGUCAUCAGCAAUUUCACCCACACCCACUCCAAAAUCCUCCAUGAGUACCCCAUCGCCUGCGUGAUCCAGCACCCUUCCCUAAACGUGACUCUGGUCCUGCCCACGGACAGCCUGCAGCAGGGUCUGGACAGCACCGUGGCACCCGCUAUCGCCAUUGCAGUGGGAGUACUGGUCCCCCUGACUGCCCUCCUCCUUCUCACCUGUCUCCUCUGCCACUGCCUCAGGCACCGAUGUGACCUGGAGAGAAACCCAGCCUGGCCAUGCUGG